AUGCAAGGAGGCUACUAUCAAAGCUACCAGAAUGGCUUUUAUGGUACUUCCGCCCCUGUAAUCGCUGCAGGCGGCGGCGGCAUUGGCCUGAUGGGCGUCGGAUACAACCCAGCUCCAAUGCCAAAUGGCGCCGGCGGAUUGUCACCAAACGUGCCCUACAUGGCCAAUCAGCAGCAGCCGGUAUCACAUCAACGAUCAAACUCAUCGCCAAACAAUCUAUCACCGGCAGCUGUCAUCAUGGUACAACAGCAACAGCAACAACAGCAACAGCAGCAGCAGCAACAGCAACCUCCUCCACAGCCACAGCCACAGCAGCACAAGUCCCCUCCCUAUCAACACAAGAAUCCAAUGCACAAUCGAAUGCAUCAGCACCAGCGAAACAGCUCCACGGACAACAACACCAACGUUGCCGUUGUGGCCGACACAUCACUCCAGGUUGGAACAUACGAGGACUUGACAUGGGAGGAGAUCUAUCUCUGCUAUCACCACUUCAACUCGAUCGACACUGAGGGCCGAGGCGUCAUCACCACGUUCCCCCAGCUCAUCCAGUACAUCUCGCAGCUGUACCCAAUCGCGACUCCACCCACAUCCCAAUUCCUCUUCUCGAUCGGAUUGUUGUUCCCUGGCGCACUGCCCACACAGCAGGGCGUCAACGUGCCGCUGUGCAUGUCGCUCAAGCAUCUGAUAUUCGCGUACUCGCACUCGAAAUCACUGCUCAACAGCAACACGGCCACAUCGCUCGCCAGGAAGUUCUCACCACAACAGGCAUUGUACAUGAUCGAGGUGUUUAACUCUGUCAAGGACAAGAACGGAGGAGUACCAACACAGAAACUAGCAUUGUUUGGCGCUGAUCGAUCAAAGUUGCCCGCCACUACCCUUCCCUUCCAUGAAUUUGUACAAUAUAUAGGACUUAACUUUAUACCAUUCGAAAACCUCUAUAAACUGCAACAAUCACCAACGAUCGAACCACAAGCAUUCAUACAGGAGGUUGAGGACUUUGAAACAGACUUAUUCUUUACGACCGCCACCAAUAAUAAUAGUGGAUUCAAGAACAAUCCAAAUAACAACCUAGUCAACAACAACAAUAAUAACAAUAAUAAUAAUAUAGUAGUAGUCAAUCCAAAUAACCUGCAGCAACAACAACAACAACAACAACAGCAGCAGCAGGGUAACUUUAUAAAUAUAGUCAACUAUAACAAUGGCGGUCCGAACCCAUUCAACAACAAUAUAACAGCAGCCAACUUUAAUAAUAAUAUAGUCAACUACAGUCCCAACAACAACAUCCCUAAUAAUAUAGUACCAUCAAACAACAUAUCACCUUAUCAGAACAACGCGAAUAACUACAACAACAACAACUUUAACAACAACAACAAUCCGAACAAUGUAUACAACAACAACAACCAAAACAACAACAACAACAACCUGAAUCAGAUGAACAACAACGGUGGCGGUGGUGUUCUGAAGACCAGUGGCAACAGCGCAGUUAUCAAUCACAACAAUCAGUCUGCAUUCUCGGACAUUGAGAUACAGUUUUCAGAAUUGCUGAUACAGACCAAGUUGGGCGAAGGUACAUUCGGUGUCGUCUACAAGGGCACGUGGCGAGGCAGUACCGUCGCCAUCAAGCAGAUCAAGAUCAACGAGGAUGUCACCACGCAGGUGCUCGACGAGUUUAGGAAGGAGCUGACCAUUCUGAGCAAGCUGCGUCAUCCAAACAUCGUACUGCUGAUGGCCGCCUGCACCGUGCCGCCCAACCUCUGCUUCGUCACCGAGUUCCUCAACGGUGGCUCGCUCUACGACAUCUUGCACUCAAAGAAGAUCCGCAUGAACAUGCCCCUCUACAAGAAGCUGGCAAUUCAGAUUGCACAGGGAAUGAACUAUCUGCACCUGAGCGGCGUCAUUCACCGCGACAUCAAGUCUCUGAACCUGCUGCUUGACGACAACAUGAACGUCAAGAUAUGCGACUUUGGUCUGUCUAGGCUCAAGUCCAAAUCGACGGCGAUGACAAAGUCGAUUGGAUCACCUAUAUGGAUGGCGCCCGAGCUGCUCGUUGGUGACGACUAUACAGAGAAGGUGGACGUCUACGCAUUCGGUAUCAUCUUGUGGGAGCUUGGUACCGGCGAACUCCCCUACUCUGGUCUUGACUCUGUUCAGUUGGCAUUGGCCGUAUCGACCAAGGGUUUGAGGCCGACCAUCCCAUCGGCUUGGCCAUCAAUGCUUAACCAGCUGAUUCAAUCAUGUUGGAAUCACGAGCCAUCACAGAGGCCAUCGUUCACUCAAAUCCUGUCCAUAUUGGAGAAGAUGCCAGUAUAG